AUUAUUUGGAUUAAUUUGGGGAUAGACAAUGCUAAAAUCACCGUCGCUUAUUAUGUAUUGGAGAAAAUUGACUCAUUCAUUAAUUUUCUGUAAGACUAAACAAGAAGGUCAAUAAAUAAAAAUAAACAUCCAAGAACCACAAAAAAUGAAGGAAAACUAUAAAAAAGUAAUUAAUGAACAAAAACAUCAUGGAAAUAAGUAGAUAGAUUAAAACACAAAACAUGACAUACAUCAAAAUACAUAAAAAAAACAAGCGAAACCUACGAAAAAUGAAGAAAAUAAUAGAAAAUAACUAAUUAAAGAACAAAAAUCAUACAAAUAACAAGAAACAACAAUAGUAGUAAAAGAAUUAAUGAAAUAACGAACGCCCUUCCACCCAGUCACAACAAACAUGGCGGACCGAGUAGUGUCACAGGAACUUACAGAGAAAAUAGUGCAAUUCCAGGAGGUGACCGGCACGGAGGACAUGGAGGAGGCGUGGUCCCAGCUGGAGAGGCACCGCUGGGACCUGGUGGCGGCCGUCCAGGACCACCUCGCCAUCAAGGACUCUGCCUCCAUCAAUGCACGCACCACCACCGCCGCCACCACCGACGCUGCUGCCAUCCCCCCGCAGAACAACACCAGCAGCAGCAGCAGAGAAAACGACAACACCGGCAGGGGCGACACACCACCACCACCACCACCCGCAGCACCAGAGGGGGUUGCAGGGCCAUCAUCACCACCACUGCCGCCACCACCACCGCAGGACACCCCUAGACAGGUCAUCACUGCUGGACGAUGGGAGCCAAGAGGGGGAGGAGGUGUCUGGCGGGGCGGGGGGCUAUUACCGUCAUUAUCUGGGUGGGGGCUGCUAGGUUGGGGGUAUUAUUUGAUGACGCUGCCCCUCCGCCUCACCUUAGCCUCCCUCUCCUCCUUCGUUCUCUUUCUCUACAGGAUUGUCUACCCCUAUCCAAGAAGAUUAACAGACCCACUGGAAGACGUUCUGCGGUUCAUUCGCGAGUACGAGGCAGAUUAUGGCAGCCAGCACCCAGCGUUCUUCCAGGGGUCCUACUCACAAGCCCUGAGCCAUGCCAAGACAGAGCUCAAAUUCCUGCUGGUGUACCUCCACUGUGCUGAUCACCAGGACACACCAUUCUUCUGCAGGUCAAUACUCUCGGACACAGCACUGGUCGAGUACAUUAACACCUCAAUGGUCUUCUGGGGGUGCUCAGUGACGUCGGCAGAGGGUUAUCGCGUCUCCCAGGCAAUGCGGAGAACUCAUACCCCUUCCUGGCGGUGGUGGUGCUGCGGGACGGGCGGAUGACGGUGGUGGGGCGCCUGGAGGAGUUCCUGCCCGCCCCUCAACUCACAACGCGCCUCCAGGAACUUGUCAGGGAUAAUGAGGCGCAUCUUGUGGUGGCCAGGGCAGAGAGACAAGAGAGGGAGCUGACCGCGGCCCUCAGACUCCAGCAGGACGAGGACUACCAGAUGAGUCUUCGAGCGGACCAGGAGAAGGAGCGAAGGAAGCAGGCAGAGAGGGAGGAGGCACAGCGGAAGGAGCAGGAGGAGAGAGAGA